AUGGCGAGAGCGCGAGGGCUGUGCUGCCUGGUGGCGCCGAAGAAGCCAUCAUCGGCGGGCGACGCCGCCCGUGCAGUCCGCCGCAGCAGCGCGGCCUGCAUCUGCUGCAUCGGCCCGCACCACAGGCCGUCCGGCGGAAGCAGCUGCGUGCCAUGCCUCGCUACCGGGGCCGAUGAACACGGCAGCAGCAGCGCGCGCACGCCUCUCACCAGCUGCUGCGGCACCGGCGCCGGGGACGCCGGACGCGUGCGCAGCGGCACCCCCAAGACGCCGCGCACGCUCACCGCGAGGCGCCUCUGCUGCGGCGUCGCCCGGCGCCGCGCCCCGGCCCGCCGCCUCGCCACGCCCGCGCCGGCACCGGCACCGGCACCUGCACCUGCGCCGCCUGCUGCUGCGGCUCCGCGGACCCCGUCGACGCCGAUCGGGCGGACGCAGCGCGUGUGCUGCGUCACCAGCAGUGUCCCCAGCGCGAACAAGACCGGCGCGCGGCGCCGCUGGCUCAGCGCCGGCCGCAAGGCGGCAGCCGUCGUGGGCGGCGCCGCAGCCCCUCUGCGUGGCGGCACCGACAACAACAACAGCAGCAGCACGCGUGUGGUUGCGGAGGCCGUGGAGCCGGCGGCGGGGGGCAAGGAAGAAGCGGAGUCGUCGGCGUGCUCCAAGGACUCGGAGUACGCGCUGCUGUGCAGGGUGGGGUUCGCGCGGGAGGACGUGGCCGCGGUCACCAUCCAGGCCUACUUCAGAGCCCACCUGGCUCGGAGGGCGUUCAGGGCGCUGCGGAGCCUGGUGAGGCUGCAGGCGGUGGCGCGGGGCGCGUACGUGCGGCGGCAGGCGGAGGUGGCCGUGCACUGCAUGCAGGCCAUGGCCAGGCUGCAGGCGCGGGUGCGCGCAAGGCAGCAGACGAUGCAUCUCCCCAAGCCCAAACCCAAGCACGAGCCCGAGGAGAAGCAAAAGCUCUUGCGGCAGCAAAGCUGAUCCAACGUCGUGUCUGUGCACCCACGACACGAUUCGGGUGUCCGGACUCGGGAGCGACCGACCGGGGCGCGUACAGAGUCAGUCAAGCUUAAAUUGUUUCGCAUGCAUAUGUGCUUGCCUGUUGUGAUAUGUGAUCCGACCUUGCUUGGGGUUUGUACGUCUGCUAUUUGUUUUUGUUUUUUUUGUGUGUGUCCUUGCUUUCCUGUUGUGGGAGUUUCUUUACUUGUGCAAGAUUAAAACUGCAGUAUCAAAAUGUUUCUAAUUCA